AUCACGUCAUAUACGCGUAUUUGACGUGACGCGCAUGCGCACAUGAAAAGACAGCGCAGCACAUGCUGGACCAAAGUUUGGACGUUGAUAACUUCUGUCUGUUUACUGAUUGUUGCUGUGAUCUCAGCGGACGGACCCGCUGCUCGACACCUGAGGGAGAAGAAGCCACCGAUGGUUUAAUAGGAUGAGACGAGACGAGGAAAAGGGCGAAGCUGCUGUUUUCCAACGGGUUGUGUUGAAGAACGCCUCCCCGUACCACUACAUGAAGGUUUGCCUCGUGCUGGAGGAUGAGUCCACCAAACUGAGUGCAGUUGAACUGAAGCAGUUCAUCAUCACAGGUCUGAAGACCCUUUAUGGAGAGGUGGGAGCAGCGUUGAACUUUGACCUGUUGAAGUACGAUGAAGACACGUUCACUGCUGUGCUGCGUGUUUACAGCAAGUGGUUGGUGAAGUUGUGGAGCUCCUUGACUUUGAACGGCUUCUACCAGAACCAGGCCUGUGCCUUCAGGGUGCUACAGGUGUCUCCUUUCCUGUUGGCGUUGAGUGGAAACAGUCGAGAGCUGCAGCUGGACUGACGCAGGAGAAGGAACAUCAUUUUUCUUCAGGAUGACUUUCAGAUGGAGCAUAAUUAAACCCUGGUUGUGUCUUUCAUCCUUCC